AUGGUACCAGUCGCCACUGAAGGCUCACAUCCUCACUCCCAGGGCUUUGCUCGCCCUCGGAUCCUCGUGCCUGAGAAGGUGUCCCCUGAUGGCCUGGCUAUGCUCACUCCCCACUUUGACGUCGACAACGCUGUUGGCCUUUCCCCUGAGGAGCUCAUUCGAAAGAUCCCACUCUACGAUGGCUUGAUUGUUCGUUCUGAGACCAAAGUGACGGCCGCUGUCCUCCAGGCCGGCCGUAAGCUCAAAGUCGUAGCCAGGGCCGGAGUCGGCGUCGACAACAUCGAUGUCGGUGCUGCUACCUCGCAGGGCGUCAUCAUCGUCAACUCGCCGGCAGGGAACAUUGUUGCCGCUGCCGAGCACACCAUCGCGCUGCUUCUGGCUACUGCUAGGAAUAUAGGUAGAGCUGAUGGCACCAUCAAGGAAGGUAAAUGGGAGCGGAGUAAGCUUGUGGGCAUUGAGGUCGGUAGGAAGACCCUUGGCAUCAUCGGCCUAGGCAAGGUUGGCCUCAAGGUUGCCAGGAUGGCGAAGGGUCUGGGAAUGAAAGUGAUAGCUGUCGACCCUUAUGCGAGCGCCGACAUUGCCUCUCAGGAAGGUGUUGAGUUGAGACCCAGUCUCGACCAUAUACUACCCGAGGUUGACUUCUUGACUAUCCACACUCCUCUGCUGGCCACCACGCUGGAUCUACUUAGUGAGGAGGAGUUCAAGAAGAUGAAGAAGACGGCACGAGUUCUCAACGUCGCGAGAGGCGGGGUCUACAAUGAGGCUGCCCUUCUCAAGGCAUUGGACGAAGGCUGGAUUGCAGGAGCUGGCCUCGACGUGUUCACAUCUGAGCCCCCGACGGCGGACUCAGUCGCUGCCCAGCUGACGAAACACCCAAAGGUGGUUGCGACACCUCAUCUUGGAGCAUCUACCGUGGAGGCGCAGGAGAAUGUCUCCAUGGACGUCUGCACUCAGGUCCUCGAGAUUCUCCGCGGCGGCCACCCGACGAGUGCCGUCAACGCACCCAUCAUCCUGGCCGAGGAGUACCGCAAGCUCCAGCCCUCAGUGGAGCUGGUCGAGAAGAUGGCCAAGCUGUACGCGCAGCACUACGUGGGCGGCAAGGGAGGCAUGAUGGGGGGCCGGAAGUUCGAGCUGAUAUACCACGGCGACCUCGCCACCAUGCCCAACACCAAGCCCCUGUUCGCGGCCCUGGUCAAGGGUCUCCUGGCCUCGUUCAGCACCUCCCACGUGAACAUCGUCAACGCGGCCCUCAUCGCCAAGGAGAAGGGCAUCAUCGUCAGCGAGACCUACGCGAGUGACACCAAGAACCUCUUGUUUGCCAACAUGGUCACGCUCCGGGCCCACUCUAACGGAGAUGACGGGGAGCCGGUCACGGAACAGGUCAUUGAGGGAUACACGUCUGAUCAACGAGGUUUCAUCACCAAGCUCGACCGCUUCAACGGCACUUUCGAGCCCGAUGGAACCCUGAUCAUUCUGCACAACUAUGACCAGCCCGGAAAGAUCGGGGGUGUCGGAAUGGUUCUCGGGGAGCACGGCAUCAACAUCAACUCGAUGCAGGUGGCCAGCUUGGAUCCUGGCCGGACAGAGUCCAGGGAAGCGAGGAAGCGAGGUGCCACGGCAGAUAACGAGGCCCUCAUGAUUUUGGGCGUGGAGGGGCCCGUCAACGGGCAGGUGGUGGAGGACCUGAGGCGCUCGGAGGGUGUGUUGGAUGUCAGUCUCGUGAGGCUGUAG